AAAAUAUCGAAGGGGUCCGUCCUGCGAAAUCGAAGGCGAGAUCUUGAAACGAACACACGAUAUUUCACGAGCCGUGGGUCCAUACAAACGCAAUCUCCAAGGAAUCAGCAAGUCAAUCAUCAUGCAGUCAAGCCUCAUUCAUCCAUCGUCGCUACCGCCAUCGACACCAUCGGGCUUUGUGUCCCGUCUCCAAGUGUCCAAUCACCGCCAUCACCCACUGACCCGGCGCAUCCUUCAACUGGCCACGACCCCCGUGACCGCCGAUGCUGACGGCGACGACUGCUUCCGGUCGAUCGCUGCCGACGACAUCGAAAUGACGCCUCCAUGUACCCCACCUCGGAAUGCCAAGCGGCCGCGGGAGGAUGAGCCACCGCGCCACCGGAUUCCGCCAUCCACGAGGCUGUCACCACGAAGGGCCGAGUUGGUGGCGUCGUGCGGCCUGCCGUUUUGGGAUGAGUUCGACGGCCCCAGUGCCGCCGACGUGACCAUGUCGUUAAGAGCACAGGACGAUGCUUGGCCAGCCAUAGCAGCCGCCCUUCGACGAAGGCCACAAAGAUGAAUCACCCGAGCGCACUACCAGUAUUUAAGUAAAUUAUUCCGUGAAUAGUAAAUGAAUCAUAUGCCCGA